GAUUUGACUCAACUCGCGUGUACGCGUACAAUAUUUACAUUUAUGAAUAUCUGAUUAGGUUUUCUAGUCGUCGGGCAGAUACGACGAGACGCAGAGCGAAAAAAAAGUGUGACGAGCGCUGACGGCCCGCCGCCGGUUUGAAACACGCGCACCUCGUGUAUGCGAGAGGUGUUUCGGUGCGCGCGACGCGUGUGUGCAUGAGCGUACGACGCACGCGUAACGUACUCAAGCGAAGAGACUUAAGUCAGAGCGGCGCGCGGGGUUAACGAGCAACGCACGCACGAAACCCUUUCGAAAGCAUCUGCGCAACUGCACCUAGCUUAUACAAGGAUGUAAUUAAAUUUCCGUACAAAUACUGAGCACUAGAACUUUUUCGUUUUUAAUAUCUGUGGCCAGCGCAGAGGUAAACGCAAGUCUCAAUCUAGUUGUGUUGCGCCACUGGGUGUUUUAUUCGGGUCGCACGGUCAUUGCCACAGUAACCUCUUUCUGUGGCCGGCUCACCGCCGAAAGAACGAAGACGAAGACGCUCGAAUUUGCGCCCGAAAUCGACGAUUCAAAUUAAUUCAUCAUAAAACUGGCAUCAAUGUCAAAAUAUUCAAAUAUCAAAUGAAACUUGCUCAGCGGUACUUACUCAAUCACAAAAUGGCCGGACGAAACGUUUUUCUACCUAUUACGUACCUGAAAUCAACAAAAAAAUCAAAUUAUUGUUAAAUUCUAACAAAAGACAUUUUUGGUAAAAACUCCUAUUGCAGUUGGGAUUGAAAUUAUUGAGAUUAUGCAAUUCGGCGCACAAAAAUAAAAAAAAAAAGAGAGGAGAAAGCGAAAGACCGCAGAAGUUUUGCCAACUUGUCGAGUUGUCUUGCUCGCAUCGAUUGUUUACGUCUAUUUGCACGGCUUUUGUUAAAUAUAUUAUGCCACACUGCAACUUAUUACAAGUUCCUAGGAAAGAAUCGACGUUUGUCAAUAAAAUUACAACAAAAUGAGUUUUCCGCUUGACUGGACUCGCAUUGUCUUGGUUUCACUUGGGGGUUGUAGAAAAAAUCAGAUAAAAAUGGUAUAAAUACGUUGUGAUCGCGUGGAGGAAGUCAGUAUCACUCAAGCUCUCUUAUCCUUUAGGUGUAAGCAAUAAGCGCGAUAAGAUGAGCGCUAGAAAUAUAUUCGUGCUGGGUUUAUUUGCGGUGGCGUUGGCCGUGAUAGUGCACACGCGUGAAAUUCCCCAACCUGUGGCUGAUCUCGAAACAGCCGCGUCGGGAAAAUCCUGGAAACAUGGUGGGGGUAAGGAGCACCACUCAGACCAUCACUCCAGUCAUGGUGAAAAGGGUGACAAAGGCUACAAAGGUCACCAUUCUCAUGAAGAAGGCAAAAAGGGUCACCAUGAUAAAGAAGGUAAAAAGGGCCAUCAUGAAGAACAUGGUGGACACAAGAAAAAGUACCACCAUGAUGAUGGUUAUCACGCCGAGCAUCACAAAGGUGAAAAGGGUGAGAAAGGACACAAAUACGGCGAGAAGGGUAGUUACAAAAAGGGACACAGCACCAAAGGUGGUCAUGACAUCCACAAGUUAGACGAAUUCAAAAAAGAGAAGCACUUCUACGAUGAAGACCACGAUGAGGGUCACCAUGAGAAGCAUGGCGGGUUCAAACAUGAAGAUGGAUACAAAAAGGGCGGUCACAAGAAGGGAGGACACAAAAAGGGCGCACAUCAUGAAGACCACUAUGGAAAGAAAGGACAUCACGAGCAUGGAUCGCAUUACCACGACGAUAAGGGUCACAAAAAAGCUGGGGGACACGAGGAACACUACGGACACGGCGAGAAGUACGGCAAAAAGGGCGGCCACGACGAACACAAGAAAUGGGGAUACAAGGGCAAACAUUGAGUGCGAAAUUGUUAUUCUGUUCAUUGUUGUUUGUUUUUCUAAGAGUAAAAACAAUAGUUACUACGCGUA